AUGGUCGACCCAUCCUCACGGAAGCGCGUCCGGACGGGGUGCAUGACCUGCAGAAAGAGAAGGCGUAAGUGCGAUGAGCGGAAGCCUGAAUGUGACAACUGCAUCGGUAAAGGGUUGUCCUGCCAGUAUGGUACUCGAUUGACCUUCGUCGCCUCCAAGCUGCAAGAUGCUCUUGAGUCCGGAGCAAGAUCAGCAGCCACCCAAUCGCCUUCGUCCGGUCGCGUCAGUGACAGAGCCAAUACCUCUGCACCGGAUUCAGUCACGACAGCUCGAUAUCAAGGUCCUCAUGCCCACACCAUACCCAAUAACAGCUCGCUUGUUGAACUGGACCACUUCAAUAUCGAUUCCGGUUUCGAGGACACCCCCGGAGACGAGCAUGUGUCAAACCUUGGACCCUCAACCAGUAUCACUCAUGCUAGCUCCAGUCAGACACAUUCCACUUUAUUUCAGCCUGCGCACAACCGCUCGCUUGCAGUGCCAAACGUCUCAGCAGGUGGGAAAUCUCGUCGCCAGAAGUACGAGUUAGAGCUGUUCAUCCACUACUGCUAUCACGUCGCACCCAUCUUGGACCUUGGUCUCGGAAGCUUGUCGUUCGGUGUUCAGGCUACACUGGAUUCGACCAAUCUGGAGACUACCUAUCAUGCCAUUCUCGCCGUGGCCAGCUCGCACAGAGCGCUGCUGCGGCCAUCACUUCAUCCAGUCGAUGAAGCUACAAGUGUUACUUCUGCGUAUCUUGCCCAACAGCAGGUGACAGGAUCUGAUAGCGUUUCAGCCAGCACCUCCGGCAUUCUACUGCUGUGGAGGAAAGUCCUCGUGUCACCUAUUGAGUCAUGGUCUUACUUGACUUCUGAAAUGCUGAGCCAAAUGAAUCAAGAUGCCAUUGUCCUGGAGCACUGGCACGUGCUUUCGCGACUUUAUCUCAGUGCCUCGCUCACGCAAGCAUCGAGUACGAUCGACUUGAAGAUGAGGUCUCCGCCCCAUGCUUCGAUUGAUGGUAGAGAAUAUACGCACCUAAGACAGUCAAGUCUCGCCCUGUGGCUCCUAGAAGAGACUCGAUUCCUGUUCAGCCCUGCAGCAGGAUCGACAGAAGCGUCUAUCUUCCCUCUCGCCCAAACCUGGCUUGCCCAUUGGCAGGAAGUUCAAAGCUGGUUCUGUACAAGAUCUGAUGAUAUGCAAGCAAUCCUAGAGCUGGGAGAAGAUGAGGACUCGCAACCCCAGCUGCGCCAGAACUUCGACUUCCCAUGCAUUGCCUUCACCCAUGCAGCCGCGGUCGUUGCCAAUGUCGCCCAUCAUCUUGCCUCCAUGAUCCUACUCCGAAGAAAACCACGAUUGAUCAAGCCUGUAGCCGUCUCAAGCUCUUCAACGUCAUCUCUGUGGCACGCUCAACGUGUCAUCGGUAUCGUAGCAACUGCCACAGAUGCCGAAAUAUGGGAUCCUUUCCUGGCGGCUGCGUUGUCACAUGCCGCGCGACACUUGAGCCACGACAAGCAGAUUCUUACAGCAAGCCAAACACUGAAGCGGAUUCAGAGAAUGUCGGGUCUCAAUCUGGACGGUGCCGUCCGACAAAUUGCGCCAACCGCGUUGUCCACCUGUUGA